AAAUCGUACGGCGGAGAGUUGCGAACAAGAUCUAAGAUGAACGGGGUUGCAUCCUCAUACCUAACCUGCUAACCAUUCAAAACCAGAAGCAACAGAAACAUCCAGAAUCUAUAUACAAGUCUCGUUCAAUUGUUUGUCAUUCGCAUUUCACAACUUUAUAACCGAGUGGCUUUGUGGGGGAGGUAGGUGAGCACAAAAGAGUGAUGGCGGCAUCUGCGAGAUUCACGGCGGCAAUGGUAGUGCUAGCUCUAGGAACUUCUCUCUUCCAUUGCACCGAAGCUUCAGCUCCUUCUGUGGGUGAGUUCGUCCACACCACCAUCAAUUCUCACACUGUCGUUAUCUUCUCCAAGUCCUAUUGCCCGUACUGCAGAAGAGCAAAGUCUGUUUUUAAAGAGUUGAACCAGGACGCACAUGUUGUUGAGCUUGAUGAGAGAGAUGAUGGCUCAAAGAUUCAGGAUAUCUUGAAUAAUAUCGUUGGAAGGCGAACUGUCCCACAAGUUUUCAUCAACGGAAAGCACCUUGGCGGCUCAGAUG